AUGGCCUCCUCGUGGUGCUGGAGCUGCCUCUCGCGGCUUCGCACAACACCAACACCGCGAGCAAUUCUCCCUGCGCAGUCCAUUACGCCCCGGAUCUCGACCGCCUCCUUCCACUCCUCCGCCGUCCAGUAUGCCAACCCGACCAAGAAGAAGGGCUCCCUCGUGGCGGUGAAGUACCGCCAAGGCCAGACCCUGCGGCGAAAGAAGAAGAAGACUACCGAACGCGCGCGUCCCCCGGCCGUCGGAGAGCGCAAGGCUUUGCGGAAGCGCAUCGUGCUGAGCAACCCCAAUGCCCUGGAGGUUGAGGGCAUGAAGGACCUGUCUUUGGAGACUAUGGUUGAUGCUCGUCUGCGCGGUGCUGUGCUCGGUCUGCCUGUGCCCAUGCUCGAUCAAUUGAGAGCCGUGCAAGCGUUCAAGCCCAAGCAGGGCUGGUCGAUAUUCCGCCGGCCGGGUACCGUCCUGCGACGGGAUACGCUGGAGAUGGGUCGUUUGUUUGAGAAAAUUUCUGGGGAGGGCGAUGCUGCUGAGAAGGGCAAGGUCGUUAAGAAGAUUAUCACGGGGUUGAAGGGCUCUGGCAAGACUGUCCAUCUGCUGCAGGCUAUGGCCAUGGGCUUCCUUAAGAAGUGGGUUGUGGUCACAGUUCCUGAUGCUCGAGAGCUCGUGUCCGGUGACACCGGGUACUCCCUGAUCGAAGGCACCAAUCCGCCCCAAUACGUUCAGCCCAAUGCCACGUCCGCCCUCUUGAUGCGCACCGUCGAGGCCAAUCGUGAGGUCCUUUCCAGCCUUAAGGUCUCGCAGCAACACCCGGCCCUGAAGGGCCUCAAGCCCUCCUCUACCUUGGAGGACCUGGCCAAGCUCGGCUUCCAGGACGCUGCUGUUGCCUGGCCAGUCUUCCAAGCCCUGUGGACUGAGUUGACUGCCACCGCCGCUGCCCCCGGCAUGGAGAAGGACUUCCAGCCUCGUCCCCCGAUGCUCGUGGCCGUCGACGGUCUCGCGCACUGGAUGAAGGAGAGCGCCUACCGCGCCUCUGACUUCACCCCUGUCCAUGCACACGACCUCGUCUUCGUCAAACACUUCCUCUCCCUCCUGCAGAACGGUCAGGCCUCGUUGAAGAACGGCGGUAUGCUUCUGUACGCCACCUCCACUUCCAACAACCCCAGCAUCUACAGCCUGGAGGUCGCCCUGGACCAGCUGGCCGCCCGCCAGGCCGGCACCAGCCCUUCAUCCCCCGACUAUCCCUCACCCGAGGCUUACAGCGGUGCCGACGCCCGCGUCCUCGACCUGUUCAAGCCUACUACCGGCAAGGAGCCCCAGCUUGAGCUGCAGACUCUCGGCGGCCUGACUCGCGAUGAGACCCGCGGCUACCUGGAGUACUUUGCCCGCAGCGGCUUGCUGCGCGAGGAGGUGAAUGAGACCUGGGUCGGUGAGAAGUGGAGUCUGGCUGGUGGCGGUAUCAUUGGCGAGCUGGAGAAGUUGGGCCGCCAUGUCCGGUCGACCGCGAAGACUGUCCCUGCCGCAAAUUAA